GACGCCAUUGAGGUUGGCGGAAUGUGACCACCCAGACCUUCCACCCGGUUUCCUGUCUCCUUCUCGCGAGAUCUGGGGAAGGGUCCAGUAUGGACGCUGUAGAGGAGGUAGAUGUCGAUGUUGAAGGCGACGCGACGGCCGCGGGAGAAGCCCGGUCCGGAAGCUAUGAUAACCCGUCAUCCAGUUUACUCCACGAUCACUACCUUGAUGCAACUUGGAGAACUGAUACUGGUCUUCCUUGGAGUCUUGAUAGCACAAUUAGUGAAGAGAACAAGGUUGCUAUUGAGAAGAUGUUGUUGGAAGAGGAAUACUAUCUGUCUAGUAAAUCGCCUUCAGAAAGACUUUGGCAUGAUUUGAAGGAAAGUGAUAAAAAGUGCAUAAAAAGUCUUCACAAGAAAGAUGGAAAAAUCACGAUAUGUUCACCUACAAAAUCUAGUGUGUCAUUAAAGUGGACAUUACAAGAGAAAGAGUUAUUUGAACAAGGACUGGCUAAAUUUGGCAGAAGGUGGACGAAAAUUGCCAUGAUGAUUAACAGUCGCAGUGUUCUUCAAGUAAAGAGCUAUGCCAGGCAAUAUUUUAAGAACAAGACAAAAACAGAUGGCUUGCAGAAAAUGGAACAGCAUCAAUGCCUCAUUCCUCCAGUUCUUAAUAGUGAUGAGAACGAAGAAGAAAAAGCAGCAUUAAGAGGUCGGGCAGACCCUAAUCUGAAUGCAGUAAAAAUUGAAAAAUUAUCAGAUGAUGAGGAAGUAGACAUCACCGAUGAGAUGGAUGAGCAGCUUUCUUAUGCACCUCAGCAAGAAUCUGGGAAGUCUGAACUAUUAGAUAGCGAAAGGAGUCCAGCUGAAAAAAACAGUUGGGCAGAAUCCAUUUUGGAUCCAACUGUGAUUCUGCCUGGAAGAUACAUUACAAAGUCUGAACAAAGUGAAGUUGAAAGUCCAGAAAGUGCAAUUUUCUGUUGUGAAAAAAAUGAUUGUGAACUUGUGAAGUCACAUCAUCCCAAGUGUACCAGCUGGUUUUCUAAUUUAGAGCAUUGUGGAGAACAAGGUGACCUGGCUGAUAAUAGUAGUAUUUUUCAUUGUUCUGACCAAGUGGAAGAGGAGAACCCGACUGAAGCAGAGGAACUUAAGCCACCUGACCAAGAAGUGGAAAUGGAUAAAAAUAUCAUACUGGAAGAAGAAAAGCAAGCAAUUCCAGAAUUUUUUGUGGGACGUCAGGCCAAAACCCCUGAACGCUACUUGAAAAUUAGGAACUACAUUUUAGAUCAGUGGGAAAAAAUCAAGCCAAAAUACCUGAACAAAACCUCAGUACGUCCAGGAUUGAAGAACUGUGGUGAUGUAAACUGCAUAGGCCGGAUACACACAUACUUGGAAUUAAUAGGAGCAAUUAACUUUGGCUGUGAGCAAGCUGUGUAUAACAGACCACAGUCUGCUGACAAAAUACGACCUAAAGAGGGCAAGGACACAAUAGAAGCCUAUCGGCUUGUGCAACGGCUGCAGUCUAUGCGGACAAGGAGACGCCGAGUCAGAGACCCCUGGGGAAACUGGUGUGAUGCCAGAGAUUUGGAAGGACAGACAUUUGAGCAUCUCUCUGCUGAGGAGUUGGCUAAGAGGCGAGAAGAUGAAAAACACAAACUACCAAAAACAUCUAAAGGGCCAAGACACAGAAAAAGUUCAUUUGAUCCCUUUCUGUUGAUCCCUUGCUGUUCCUUCACAGAACAAAAGCCAGAACCUUUCCAAGUAGCAAUAGCACCAGAGGCACUUCUGAUUAUGGACUUGCAUGCUCAUGUUUCAAUGGCAGAAGUAAUAGGUCUACUAGGUGGAAGAUAUUCUGAAAUUGGUGGAAUACUUGAAAUCUGUGUAGCAGAACCAUGCAAUAGCCUCAGUACGGGCUUACAAUGUGAAAUGGAUCCUGUAUCUCAAACUCAGGCAUCAGAGACGCUUGCUGCUAGAGGUUACAGUAUUAUUGGAUGGUAUCAUUCCCACCCUGCUUUUGAUCCUAAUCCUUCAAUACGAGAUAUUGAUACACAGGCUAAAUACCAGAACUAUUUCUCCAGAGGUGGCUCUGUGUUUGUUGGAGUGAUCAUAAGUCCAUAUAAUCGAAAUAAUCCACUUCCAUAUUCCCAGAUUACAUGUCUGGUAAUCAGUGAUGAGAGCAGUUCUGAUGGCUCCUAUCGCUUGCCAUACAAAUUUGAAGUACAACAGAUGUUGGAAGAACCUCAAUGGGAACUAGUAUUAGAAAAAACGCAAUGGAUAAUUGAAAAAUACAGAAUGUCGCACAGUUGUGUGCCCAUGGACAAAAUCUUCCACAGAGAUUCAGAUCUGACCUGCUUACAGAAGUGUGUGUUUUUUGUAUUGUCCUUCAACUAUAACCUAGCUGUUGGAGUGUGUAAGGAAGACUCUGGACCAUGUGGCAAAUAGCUUCAUUGCUGAAGAAUUCUUGGCUCAGAUAGAAAACUUAUUCCUCUCAAGCUACAGUAAUGACAAAUGGAAUAAUACUACUGAAGAGAAUAGCAUGUGUCUCAAUGACCUGCCAACAUGAUAGUGUUGAAAAGAACUAUCACUUGCUUUACAGCACGUUGCCAUUCUUUCGUGACAUCCAAAGUUGUUAAAGAAAUUGACUUGCACUGAAAGACAAUGUGACGUAAUCAUGACAAACCACCUAAUGUCCAGCAUAUUUCUAAUCUUUUGAAAUGAUGGUUAUACUGGAGACAUAUUCAUGGAAUAUUUGGCAUUAGUAAAGUACCCUUUAUUGGUUCCCAGAAUAGCUAAAAUGAAACUGUUCUAUUUUGGACCAAAAGAUCAGUGUUCAUAUUGUAUCUUACCUAGUUCACAUGUUUUGUUUAAGGCACGUCACUGUAGAGUACAUUUCAUUGCCUAGUGUAAGAUGCAUCUGUCCUAUUUAUAAACUAAGCAGUGUUGUAUAUUGCUAAUAGCAGGAAAGGAAGGAAAACUGUUUUAAAGCGAUUGUAAUGGGCACAAUUUCUGUGGAGAAUCUGAGGUUCAACGUAGAUGUGGUGUUAGGUCCACCUCCCAUGGUUUUUGCUUCAAAAAUAAAUAACUGAGCCACCUCCCUCGCCUUUAGAUCAAGACAGUGGCAAGGAUGAGUGGGAAAGUUCUUUCUCUGCUCCAUUUUUGGUUGGGGCCCUGCAGAUAUGUGAUUUGCCCUGUGGAAAAAAGUUCUGGGUAAUUUGCAUGAUGCCUGUAUUUUUCCUCCCUGGCCCCCACAAUGCAGUUCCAGCCCAAACUGGGUAGGUUUGCAGCUGUUGUUCGUUCAUGGGUAAAAAAUGUUGGCAAUCAGUUCAUGGCUGUCCCAAAGACAAAUUCUCAGUCUUGACCAUUUAAUUUACAAAUAUUUGCCCAGACUAUGCAAAAUAGUUGCAGUUUACUUCCUGCCAUCCCCCUCCCCCCGCAAAUUUAACUGGCAAAGUGAUAUUAGAUUAAAUCUCCUCAACUAAAUUCUAUCAUCUGAAUAAGUUGGACUCAUCUAAAAAACUUUCCUGGCGAGUAGAUGUUCUUUAUUUGUGAAGUGCUGGAUGGGUAGGGAAAUAGGUCUGCUGAAUAGGAGGUGGGUUGAGAGUAUGGCCAGAUCUCUGGAAUCCCAAAUUAUUCAAUACAUGCAUGGAACAGAAAAAAGAGCAAAUAUUGCCCAGAUAAACAGUUUUGCCCAGUAGAGCUUUGUGGGCUAAUGGGCUGCAUGUUCCAUUAAGAUGUUUUAGUUUCAAUUAAAGCAGAGGGCUCGGCUUACUUGAGUACAGUUAUUUACCCUGCAGGUUGAGCAUCUUUCAAUUUACUUGACAUAGUCAUAUAGGCAAGCAAGAUGUUUCUCAGUGACCAAUCAGAAUCUGGCUUAAUAAUGGUAUUCAUCUGCAUGUAAUUUUAGUAUGUUAGAGAAACCUGCAUUCAUUUUGAAAUGUGAUCUGUGUUUUGAUGCAGUCUGUUUCUGUUGAAUUCUAUUGUUACCCCUCAUUUGUCCAAGAAAGUCCUCUGCAAGGUCAUUGCUUUAAAAAAAAAGUUUGUCAUAAUUGUAUUACAAUUUAACUGUUAUUGAAUAAUAUAUAAGUUAUAUUAUAAAUAUGUGUAACCAUGCUGUAAAUAAUGUGUAUUUGUAUAGAAAUACAUUACUACUUGACUCCCAUGUGAAGCACAGUACAGAUAUAUUUAUCCAUAAUAUGUUUUUGCCAAUAAUAGAGAAUGCUUAUCAGGAUGAUGGAAAGUACUUUCUGUGGCAAUAUUGUCUGUUCAAUAAACUGUGUGAAAUACUAAAAAUA